CUUUGCGGCGUUUUACUCGAGCACCUAAGCACAAACGCGCUUUUGACGCUCGUUUCUUCUUCACGCGCCGUACAAAGUCAAAAACGCACUCUCUUGUUCAGUUUUCAACUCCUCACUCUCUCGUAUAUAUAAACCCCAAAGCGGCAAAUUCUAAUUAUUCAAUUCAAAUAAUAACCAAAACGAACUCAAAGAGUUAACUGAAGAGCAGAGCUAAACCAAAAACAGAAUCGUACCGUAUUGAAUUGAAUUGAAUUGAACCGGGUUGGUUUGUUGUUUCGGUUUAAGUGAUGGAGGGACCGUCGUCGUCGUCAAAGUACAAAGGAGUGAGGAAGAGGAAGUGGGGGAAGUGGGUUUCAGAGAUCAGACUUCCCAACAGCAGAGAGCGUAUCUGGCUAGGCUCCUACGACUCUCCCGAGAAGGCGGCGCGCGCCUUCGACGCCGCUCUUUACUGCCUCCGAGGCAGCGGCGCCAAGUUCAAUUUCCCGGAUAAUCCUCCGGCGAUCAGCGGCGGAAGGAACAUGUCGCGGUCGGAGAUACGAGAAGCCGCCGCGAGGUUCGCUAAUUCGGAAGAGAGUGUGGCGAGAGAGAUGGUGGUGCAGCAGCAAGAGUCUCCUUCGAGGAUGGAGAUGGAGAGUGAUUCGGAGUUUUUGAAUAUGCUUCCGGCGGUUGGGUCGGGUAAUUUUGCUUCGGACUUCGGGUUGUUUCCCGGGUUCGAUGAUCUCGUCGACGAAUAUUCGGGGAAUCGUUUUGUAGAACAGGUUUCGCCUACGUGGAAUGAGAGUUAUGAUGGUGGCUCUGUGUCUCUUUGGAAUUUUUGAAUCGCAUGAUUAACUCUGGCAGAGAAUCUGCGAAUUUGUUUCCUUUUUGGGAAGUCUGACGGGCCCCAUCAAAUUUGUUUCAUUUUGUAUCCACAACUUUAGUUUGGAUGUGUUUAUUUUUUUUGUAAUUUCCCCCCACUUUUUUGGACAUUAUUUCGAUAAUGAUUCAUUAUCCUCCCUCAAAUAUUUGUUUGUUUUGUUUUUAAAAUUGAAUAAAAUAAAAGUUGACAAAAAAAUUAAAGAAAAUAAAAUAAAAUGUUUGCU